AUGCAUUCUACAACCGGUCAAACAUCAUCAACAGUAUCAUCAUCUUCAAAUUCUACAUCAUCAUCAUCUAAGGCAGCAACUAAUAUCGAACAAUAUCAUUAUCCACCUAUAUCAACACUUCGUCGACCGAGUCGACCAAGUAAUAUUGAUUUAUCUAUAUUUGAUGUAAAUAAUAGUCAGCCAUCAAAUGAUCCUGGUAUAUAUUCAGCACCAAUAUGUCAUUUAAAACAAACUCAUAAUGCAAGUCAACAUCAUCCACAUCAUAUACAACAAUCAUCAUUAAUAUUAUCACCUCAUCCACAUACAGCUACAUUUCAUUAUCAACCACAACAACAACAACAACAACAUAUUCAAUUAUCUUCUCAUCAUCAUCAACAACCACAGCAACAUAAUAUCCAUCAAUAUCAGCAACAAGCUCAUCAUCAUCAGCAACAACAACAACAUAUACUCGAUCCUUUUUCUCAACAUCAACAUACACCUCAUACAUUUCCAUUACAAACAUCAUCAAAUCAUUAUCAGCAUUAUUUUCAUUUUCCACCAUCAACACAAAAUCUUGGAACAACAAACAAUUCAACACCACCAGCAUAUAAUCAAUUAACAUUACAAGCUAAUGUAACAAGUAAUGGUCAUCUUUCACCAUUAAAUCAUCGUUCAAAUCCUGUAUCAUCAUCAACAACAAAUACAAGUCAACCAUCAACACCAACACAUAAUAAUCGUUUACUUGCUGUACAAAUUCAAGAACAACAACAAUGGUCUAAUCCAGUUUUAAGUCCAUUUAUGGUUAAACGAAUGAAUGAAGGAGGAAAUGUUGUUACAUCAAUGAAUAUUGAUGAUGACGAAGAUCCAUCAGCGUCCAUAGAUGCUCUUGUUGCUGAUGUUGAUUCAAAUUCACAAGAUUUACUUGAUGAUCAACAAAGUAAAUCUGUUGAUGAGAAUAAAACAACAUCAACAACACCAUUAAAUGAAUCUCGAGUAAGUGCAACAUCACCAUCACCACAUUUGUAUCUUCGUAGUACAUCACAUAUAUUAACAACACCACCAAACCCACUUGCAUCAAAUGAUCAUCCCGAUAAUCAAUUAACAGUUGGAAAUAAUUUUCAAAAAACUUUUAGUCCUAUACAUAGUGCAGGUUUUGAAAUUCCAACAAAUCAUAACGUACAAAUAUCAUCAUCAUCAACAACAACAAGAACAUCUUUUUUUACAUUUGAUACAAAUGUUCUAAAAGAAAAUGAUUUAAAAAAUCAUUUAAAUGAUGAAAAUAAAGAAGAUAAACAAGAUCAAAUGACUAAACCAUUAAUUAUAAAUACAGAUGAACGAUUAAAUAUCAUGUCAACAAAUAGUUUAAAUCAAGAUGAUAAUAGUAAUCAUAGUUCGACUAAUAGUAAUAGUCAAAAUACAUCAUCAAGAACUUUUAGUCAGAUUUUACAAUCGUCCGGAGAAAAAAAUCGAUUAUCUUCUUCAUCAACUGAUGUUAAAGUAUCACCAUUAGGUUCAACAAAUAAUAAUAAUAAUAAAUCUCAAACAACAAUGUCGUCAUUAUCACCUCAACAACAAACAAAUCGACAUUAUUGUACUCACCCAGAUUGUACAAAAAUAUUUGCUAAUAAAAGUGCAUUGGCUAAACAUAAACUUACACAUUGUCAAGAUAGAAAACAUAAAUGUUCAAAAUGUAAUAAAGGUUUCAAACGACUUGAUCAUCUCCAUGGUCAUAUGUUAACACAUGAAGAAGAAAAACCACAUAAAUGUCGUGUACCAGAUUGUAAUCGAACUUAUUGUGAUGCUCGAUCAUUAAAACGACAUAUUGAAAAUGCUCAUCAAAAUAUUUUAGCUGCUAUACAUCAAGGUGGACAUGAUGAAUAUAAACAUUUUUUACCGGAAACAGCAUGUGUUAAAACAAAAGAUUUAAGUAGUGAUUUUUCAAAUGAUUCAAUUGAUCAUAAUUCACCUCGUUCAUCAUCAAUUGAUAAUGAACAAACAUAUCAUAUGAAUCAACAAAUUCGAUCAACAAAUGGACAAAAACUAAUGCCAACAUAUACAUUUGAUGAAGAAAAAUGUGUUGAAUGUCAUAUUUGUAAAAAAAGUUUUAAAAAUGGUGCAGCACUUAAUGGUCAUAUGCGUUUACAUGGUGGAUUUAAUGAUAAACAAACACCACCACCACCAGCAACAGAAAAUAUACCGAAAAAAAAGCGUUUAACACAACCAAUAAGUAAUGAACGUCGUUCAACAAAACGUAAACGACUGAAUUCUCCUUCAUCAUCCAAUGAUUCAAAUACACAAUCAUUAUUUCAAUGUAUAAUGCCCAUUAAAAAUGAAGAAGAAGAUAUUAUUAUGAUGCCAUCAACAUCAAAUACAACUAAUAAUCUUUAUCAACAGACAAUGUAUCCAACAUUACCACCAUGUUCCGAUGUAUUACAUCAUCGUUCUUAUGAUCGAAUACCAUCAUCACGUACACGUUCAAUAUCAUCAUCUGUUAUUCAACAUGAAACAACUCCAUUAAUACAAUAUAAUAUUAAAAAUCCGAUGAGUGUACAACCAAUAACAAAUAUUCCAAAACAAAAUCGAAAACAAAUUCCAUUACCAUUAUAUUUAUAUGAUAAAAAUAAUAAUCAUCAUUAUGGAUUUGAUAUACAUGCAAAUGAUGAAACAAUUCAUAAUAGAAUUCAUAUGCCAAAUAGUGCCAAUAAUUCAUUAAAUAUACCAAAUGGAAUAUUGAGAUUUGAUCCUUUUGCAAAUUCAGAAAUGUUUCCAAAUGUAACAACAUUUCAAUCUCAUGAUGAUAAAUUUAGAAAAACUUUAUCAGCUGAUGAAACUUUAAAAUAUUACCAUCAUGAUAGACAGAUAAAUGGUCUUUCACAAUCAAACCAUCCUCAACAUCAUCCAUAUUUUCGAUCAACAACUAAUCAACAUCCAGGAAAUUUUCCUCAAUUUUCCAUGCCUCCACGUUCAACUUCAACCAUAGCUCCAAAUAUUUUUCAUCAAUUUUUUUGUCAUACAAAUGAUUUAUUCAAUAAGGAUAUUUAUCUACCACGUACAGAAAUUUUCAAUCAACAUCAUUCAACAUCCGAUGAAUCUAAUCGUUAUACACCAUCUACAAGUCCAUAUACAGCACAAUUAUAUCAUUCACCGUCACCACAUAUUGUUCAUUCACCCGGUGAUAGAAUAUCUAAUCCUACUUCAUCACUUAUAAAUACUCCGGUUACAUCCCCUUAUUCAAAUAUAAAUACUAGUCACUGUUCACCAUCAUCAUCUAAUGAUAUGUGCAAUAAUAAUAAUAAUAAUAAUAAUAAUACUAAUAAUAAUACAAAUAAUUCAUCAAUAAUUAACAGUAGACAAUCAUCACCACUUGCAAAUUCAACAUCAUCACAUGCUGUACUAAAAAAACGUAUUUUAAAUGCAUUAAAACAAGAAGCACAAGAUGAACAACAAAAUAAUCAAAUAAUACCAGACUGUUCACCUUUUAUGGAACAAAAUAAUGAUCAAGAUAAACAACAAAUAAAUACUGAAAAUUCUUCAGAAGAUCCAACAUCAUCAUUAAUACUUAAAACAAUUUCUGAUAAUAAUAAUUUAACAAUCGAUAUAACAACAAAAAAAUCAACAUCAGGCUUUCUUAUUACAUCACCAUCAUCAUCAUCAACUGUUACAAAUUCAUCAACAUCAACAUCAUCAACUAAUACACAUUUUAAUUAUGAAAAUAUUUCUUCAACGAUGAUUCCAUCCAAAACAUCCGAUAAUAAUAAUAAUAAUAAUAACAAUUCUAAUAGUAGUUCAUUUCAAUGGCCAUCACAAAUUUCACAAUUUCGUCGUCCUCAAAAUCUUAAUAUAGGUAGCCAAACACCAAAUCCACUUCCAACAACACCUUAUACACCACCGCCAAUGCUUAGUCCAUUUCGAAAAGGUCCAGGUCUUUAUUAUCAUGUUUUCGCUCAAACAACACCAGUUGCACAACAAACAUCGACUGUAGCAACACCUGUUCUACCAUUUACACCAAUACCUGAUGAAAUAUCAGGACCUAAAAUUAAUAUCGGAAAUGAUUAUCAAGCUAUUAUUCCAAAACUUCAAAUGAAAAUUGACAAUGAUGAUACAGAUCAUGAUGAGUUAUUAUUUUCUCCAUCUCAACUUCCAUAUCUUGAUGAACAAUCACUUGAAAAAUAUGAACAAUUAAGUCGAACAAAUCCUUUGUUAUUUUCUCCACGUCAUUCUCCAACAUUAUAUCCAAUAGAAGUGGUAUAUAUGUUAUUACAUGAAUAUAAUGGUGAUUUACAACGUACGUUAGCUGCUUUACUUGAUGGUACAGCUCAAAAUAUAAAACAAUGUCGACCAUUACAUCGAUAUCAUUUUCCUGAAUGUGAUAUAUGGACUAAACAAGAAAUUGAUGCAUUUACAAAAGCAAUGGAAACAUUAGAAAAAAAUUUUCCACUUGUUAGUCGAGCAGUUGGAACCAAAAGUGUAAAACAAUGUAUUGAGUUUCAUUAUAUGCCAAAAGUAAAUAUCAUAGCUCGAGAAACAGGAAUGAAUUUAUUAACAGCAAAACGAAAACGAUUACAAAUGCUAAAGCAUAAACAACAAUUACAAAAACAAGCACUUGAUGAUGAAACAUCAUUAUCAUUGAAUGAAUUUCGUCUCGAUAAUGAUGGUGUAACAGUGAAUAGUGAUAAUUCUUCAAUAGCUCAUUUUUGCUGUGAUAUUGACAAUUGCUUACAGACAUUUACAAGUGAACGAGCAUAUCGUGCUCAUCGUAAUGAUCAUCGUCGUAUAAAGAACAAUAUAACACGACCGACAAAUUCAAAACGAAGCCGAAAUCUUGAUUUGAACAAGUGA